CGGCUAUCUCGACCGUCGCUUCACGCUCGGAGGUGAAAGUUGCAGUUACUACACACCGCGAUGGCCGCCGUCGUUGCGAAUUUCUGCCGGGACGCAAUCAAUUGCGCUCAGAGGGACAACCGCAUCGCGCGUCUGAGCGACACGUUCGAAGAGUGUCGACAGAAAGCAAGCCAGUUGAGAGAGACGCCCGAAUUAACGGCCGUUCUAGACGUCCGCGAUUGUCAACGCAAGUCUGGCGAUACGAGUAAAUGUUUUGAAGCUAGAAAGCGACACUCGAGAUUUGUUGCUGUUCCCGAUGCGACAUCGAGACUCGAAGUGCCUGCAAAUUGCUCUUCUUCGUGUGCAAACACUAGCCUCUCUGCAAUAACAAACAUGAAGACUUGCACCGUCGCAAAUACACAACAGUCGUCGACGUCCGGAUUUCCAAAAACUACAAGAACUGCAACAAACACUGAAGGCAAAUUGUUUUGCGAUGCCAAUGCAGAUGCUGUUUCCAGAGGCACAGAAAAUGUCAUCCGAGAUGCGAAUGCGAUCCUAUGUCGAUCACUAAGAGAUGAGACGCAAGACAGCGUGGCCAACAUCCGCAUUGUAAGGGUCGGGAGCCUGUCCGCGAGCUGUAAUCCCAGUCGACAAUCCGUCAACCAACUGGCUGUGAUACAGAGCGUUAAGCAUGGAGAUUAUAAUGCCAGACAACUACCACAAAUGUUUGCAUCCGUUCAAGAUACACAUCUUAAUUGUGUCUCGACCAGCAAAGCGAUGCCAUUUUUUAACAGUCGACGAGAUACAUCGCUCGUGCCCUCCUCGUCGUCCUUUAACAAAAUGGAACUCGUUCACAGAGCUCCCUCUGUUUACGACAUGAUGCCGGCUCUAACGUACGUUCCACACUGGCAGAGUCAUAUACAGACAAACGAUCGGAAUUUAACGUAUAAAUCCGUGCCAUCACAGAAAUUUGAAAUACCAAUGGUGUUUCCUCCUCAAUCACACUUCAAUCCAAACUCUUCAUCAACUGCCUACGCUUACACAGAAAGUAAUGGCAAGAAGGACUCGUACGAGAGUGUACCUCAACAACUCUCUCUCAAGAUCGAGUCUUGUCGGAGUGUGUUUGCGUCGAGAUACGAGGGUCAGGCGUACGGUACCGACCUGGUGUCUCCUCCGGCCAAGCGGCCGAGAUUCGAGUUGCGUUACGAGAAUGCGAGUCGAACUACCAGACGAUUACACUACUCUCAAACUCUAGUGCAGCACCACCGACAUCCGGGCUCUAUAAUUUAGUAGGAGGCAUUCCUAUGCACUAGACUAUCGAUCAAUUAUUGUAGACGUAGAUGCUUAGCUGUAUGUAGACAAAGGGACGUGCAAAUUAUAUGUCUAGAGACU